AUGUCUUCCUUUAACACAUGGUCGUAUCAUUCUCCGGUUCAGCCAUCGCCCGCGCUGGUUCAGCAAAUCGAGGCCUUUGGAAGACUGGAGCCACCUCGAGACAAUUACACGUCCUCGUUGACCCCAAUUGAUCGCUACGUUGAGGACGUACCUACAGGUGCCAUAGUCACCCACGACACUCGGAGCCUACACCCCCCCCCGUCACUAUUGCGGCAAGGCUAUAUCGCGUGCAGCAAUCCGGGGAGCGAUUACCAACGCUCAUUGCAAGACCAGGUGGAUAACGAUUCCUUGUGUAGUGAGAGCAAUAAUUUAUGCUAUACUGGUUUUGAAGGGUCUACCGAAUCUUCAAGCGGAUCUCUCGGGGAAGACGAUUAUCACCACCAGCAGAGCUCCGCAUCAACUAGCCCGGAUUAUCACGGCUCAGGAUUUGAGAAGACUUGGGCCCAGGGGCACCCCUACAUGACGCAGGCUAGUGAUUUGCAUGCGUCCGUGGACCCAAAUCUGGCACAUGGCGGCUACGUGUGCCUGAAGGAGGUGGUUCAUAUUUCCCCCUGCGGGGACGACCGGAGUCAAGAGGGGCAUAAUGACUCCAUGGAGGAUGACGACGAGAACGGUCUCGGAUACCCACAAACCGUGCCCGUCAUGUUUCAACAACCAGGUUACGAUCGAUGCUGUCCUGUUGAUCAACCACCUCCCCCAAUGGGAGUAUUCUCACAUCAACACGAUCCCUCGCUUGGGCAUGGCCAUUCUUGCCCCUCAGCGCAAGGAUCCAGGCAGAGUUCACCCGCCAGAACGUUGAAAUUGAAAACAAUCAAGAACCGCCGGGUUAAAGGCUGCCCAGAAAUGAUGAAGCCAUUUUCUGAAGUCUCGGGUGAGGGUGAGAAAGCCCGGAAAGCCCGGGGGGAGAAAACUCGGGGUCGCGGCGCAGGAAAAAAACCGAAAGAAAGAAAGAUCUGUCGUGAACACCCUGGAAAAGUGUUUGUCCACGCCUCGGAUUAUAAAAAACACAUGAACCAGCAACACCUCCGACCAUUCCUUUGCGUAUUCUACUUCUCGGGCUGCAUUCAAACAUUCGGCAGCAAGAACGAGUGGAAGCGCCAUGUAUACAGCCAACACCUUCAGAUCUCCUACUGGCACUGCGACGAUCCCAUGUGUGCUGAUAGGAAGGCAAUCUUCAACCGAAAGGAUCUUUUCGGUCAACACAUAAAGCGCAUGCACCCGCCUCCAGCGGGCCCCAAAACCUCCACCGCGGCCUACAUGGACGAAAUGAUCGAGCGCUGCCGCGUCGAGCGCCGGAAGCCGCCACAGAGUAGUAGGUGCGGCUAUUGCAAGCAGACGUUUUCAGGGGCCCAGAGCUGGGAGCAGAGAAUGGAGCAUGUCGGUCAGCACUACGAAAAAAACAACUACAAGGGAAUCUCCCGCGAUCGCUGGGUUCCGGAUGAGGGCCUUAUCGCGUGGUCUUUGGAACAUGGCAUUAUUGAGGAUAAUGGUGCUGGGGGUUAUGCCACUGUUUCCACGGGGAAAGACGCUAUCGUGAGGGCUGGGGUUGAGCAGAAAAAGAUGGCGAAGAAGGAAAUGGCGAGGGCUCUGAGAUAUCCGGACGAUUGUGAUGUUGAUGAUUACGAUGAUGAUGCUGAUGGAGAUGUGGAUUACUGCUAGAGCAAAAUAGCUAUCAAUGCCGUCCCCUCCUAACUGUUCUUCGAAUCACAUAUCGGAAAUAAAUUAUUGGGAACUUUCUUAUCUGGGUCUUCCAAAUUGGCUUUUCUACCUCCUCCUCUUCCUUGCCUACUCCUUUCAUCUUCUAUUUUUGUUUUCUGCUUCUUAACGGCCGAUUUCAGAUUUCUUCUAUUUCCUCUUUUUUCUGUCAGCGUUUUCCGGUAUAUAUGGUUGCUUGGUUAUAGACGGACGUUUUCUCGGGUUCCUCGUUUCGUUUCUUUCACAAAGGAAGGUAGGACUUGUUUAGGUUGGGCUGGGUUGGGUUGGGUCGGUUGUUUGGGUCGGUUUUUCUCUUUUUUUUUUCUCUUUUUUCUCUUUUUCUUCUUUUUUUUUUUUUCGUCCUUUUUUCCCGUUAUUUUCCAUCUCAACUGAGAAAAAAAAGGGUCAUCUGGAGAAAGGAUUUUUCGAUUUUUGAGACUUUUUAUUCAUCUUGUUUUCAUUUAUCUAUCCUACCACCCCUUCGGAUGGGUUUAUAUGAAUUCAAAUCAAAUCAGGUCGAAAGUAGUUGAAAAUUUUUUUUUUUAAAAAAAAAGAAUCCUCGCUGC